CCCACACUUCCGGUACUUUUCGUUGUAAACUGGUGAAAGUCAUUGAAGAGGUAGAGAAGAGAGAGAGCUAUUACGAGAGCACACAUAGCAUAGCAGACUUUUUGGUAGAUCAAAUUAAUUCAAAUUUACUUUUUAUCCAGGUAGGCACCGUUAUUACACUUGAUGUCAUCCUGGGAUAGCCUACGACGUUGACCUACCUUGCUGAAAUUUUGGUGACAAAGACUGCUCUUCAAUGAAAUCGUGACAUGUCAGGAAUGGUUCAUCGCAGUAUGGAUGACGAAGAUGCUGAGACUGGUGCCAGCAACAGGAAACUGGGCAAUGGCCACAACCAAGAGUCAGCUCUUCAGCUUUUUGUGAAUGCAAAAAAAAAGAUAAAUGACAUUUUUCGUAACAUCGGCCAAUAUGUAUUAGAAGCUGAUAAAUUUGUUCAGGAUGUUACCAGUGUACCGGAAUGUUCUGUCAUUGUGGGGCCGGAGAACUCAGAGGUUGUCCACGGCUUCUGUGAGAAGAUUGAUGGCAUCACGGAGGUUCUUGCCAGGGACCACAUGAAAGUUGUCUUUUUUGGCAGGACUUCAAAUGGCAAGAGCACCGUGAUCAAUGCCAUGUUACGAGACAAAAUUCUGCCUAGCGGCAUUGGUCACACCACACACUGCUUUAUCCAGGUGGAAGGCUCAGAUAGCAAAGAUGGCUUCCUUCUCACUGAGGAUACAGAUAAACCCAAGAGCAUCACUGAUAUCAAGCAGCUUGCCAGUGCCUUGAGUGAUGUGAAACUUCAGGAAAAUUCUCUAAUACGAAUUUUGUGGCCCAAGGAAAAAUGUCGACUCCUACGUGAAGACGUAGUUUUGGUAGACAGCCCUGGAAUUGAUGUGUCCCCUGAUCUCGACCUCUGGAUCGACAAGUUUUGUGUAGAUGCGGAUGUGUUUGUUCUUGUUGCAAAUGCAGAGUCAACACUUAUGCAAACGGAAAAGAAUUUCUUCCACAAAGUCAGCGAGAAGCUGUCCAAACCAAACAUCUUCAUCCUACAGAACAGAUGGGACGUGUCAGAGAUGGAGGAGGACAUUGACCAGGUAAAGCAGCAACACAUAGAUCGGAACUCUGAUUUUCUCGCGGAGGAACUAAAAGUCACAGACAAGAAAGGGGCAAAAGAUCGGCUCUUCUUUGUGUCGGCCCGAGAGGCCCUGGCCAGUCGUUUAAACAACGACAACGUCUUUGCUACACCAGAGCGGGUGCUACUACCUGGGUUUCAGGCCAGGCUGUUUGAGUUUGCAAACUUUGAGAAAGAGUUUGAGGUGUGCAUUUCUCAAUCGGCUGUGAAAACCAAGUUUGAGCAGCACACAAACCGAGCACACUACAUCAACUCUGAGCUACGCACCGUCAUGGAGGAGGCCUACACAAAGUCACUUAGUCUCCAGGACGAGCAGAUGCAGCUGAGGAAGGAAAAAUCUGACCGCCUGUCACACCUUGACAGGCAGCUUGACCUUCUGACCGGGGAGGUCAAGAACAAGAUCAAGGCCAUGGUGGAGGACGUGGAGCGCAAGGUUUCAUGUGCCCUGAAUGAUGAAAUCCGCAGGCUGUCUGUUCUUGUAGAAGAAUUUGAAAGACCUUUCCAUCCUGAUGCCAUGCUGCUGAAUGUCUACAAGAAGGAGCUCCACAUGUUUGUGGAGGAGCAACUGUGCCUGAACCUGAGCGGGCGGUGCACGGGGCCCAUCCUGCGCAACACGGACCUUCUACAGCACAGCUUUGCAGACCGUCUGUCGGCCAUCCUCCCCGAGGAGUCGAAACAGCAACUCCUCAACCUGAUGCCCAAGCGCGACUUUGAGAUCGCCUACCGCUUGGACUGCCGAAACCUGUGCGCAGGCUUCCGCGAGGAUAUUGAGUUCCGGUUUUCCCUCAGCCCCACCGCCCUGGUGCAGCGGUUCCUGGGCACCAAGGGCCAAGUUCGGUUCCUGGAGGGUUCAGAUUCCCUGUUCCAGCGGGGUAGACAAAUGAGCUCGGAGGCGGCAGGAGCUCUCGGAGGAGACAACCCACUGUCUGCGUCGGGGGGCGGCGACAAUGAGAUUCUGAUCAGCGUCCUGGCCACCUUCGCCUCGCUCACCUCCCGGUCGACGCUGGGGGCCGCUGUCGUGACAGGACUGGUUGCCAAGGCAGCUGGUUGGCGUGUCAUUGUGGUGACAGGCGCGCUGUACGGAGGCGUGUACCUGUACGAGCGGCUGACCUGGACCAGCAAGGCGCGGGAGCGAGCCUUCAAACAGCAGUACGUGGACUACGCCAGCAGCAAGCUCCGCCUCAUCAUCGACCUGACAAGCUCUAACUGCAGCCACCAAGUGCAGCAAGAGCUGACAUCCACGUUUGCCCGGCUGUGCCAUCAGGCAGAUGUCACGAAACAGCAGCUGGAGGCAGAGGUCAAGCAGGUGGACAAAGGACUGACCAUCAUCAAGGAGAUUUCUUCAAGGGCAAAGUCUUUAAGGAACAAGGCGGACUUCUUUGACCGAGAGCUGCAGGGCUUUGUGGCACAGUUCCUGAGACAUGCCGGCCUUUAGAGAUACACACAGUGUUCCUGGCAGCCGGUCUGGCUUCUCCGUCAAGCAGCAUACCAAAGGGGCUGAUAGCUACACUGAUGUGUGUUUGUGUAUGCGUGCCUGUGUGUGUGUGCAUGCGUGUUUGUGUGUGCAUGCGUGCGUACAUGCGUGUGACUUUAUGUACGUGUGUGAGUGCGAGUAUGUACUUGUGUGAGUGCGAGUAUGUACUUGUGUGAAUGCACAUGCAUGUCUGUGUGUGAUUAUAUGUACAUCUCUGAGUGUACAUUCAUGUGUGUGUGAGAGCAUAGUAGGCUAUAUGUACAUUUUACUUUUGUGAGUGUACAUGAAUGUGUGUGUGUUUGCAUAUGUGUGCAUGCUAUGCGUCAGAUAGCUGCCAGCACUACACAGGCUUUUAUUCUUGAGCUUUUGCACAGUCUGAUGUGUGUUGUUACCCCAGUUGGUUGGUACUUCUUAUGGAAGACAACCCCCCCCCCCCCCCCCCACAAUUGAUUUCUCUCUUGUCAUGAGAAGAUGUGAGGCGAACUGUGUCUGCCUAGGGGUAUAACUGAUGCUACCUUCUUUUCUUUCUUAUUGAUCACACGUUUAAUUCGCUUAGUGUAAUGAUGAGAUUGAGAUAUGAUGUGAUGUACUUCUUCAAAGAUGCUGAUUAGCUGGAUAAAUCCGGAAAUCUGGAUUUCUGAAGUUGUCUUGUUUUUGCCCAACUUGUGCAGGUGUAUCAAAAUGAAAACUGGCUUGAUAUGAGAUGUUAUAAGGCGAUAUGUGCUGUAAAUUUUGAGUCCCUGCUAAGGAAUUUCCAUGUGGUCCCGAACGUUCAAUUUUUUUUUUGGGGGGGGGAACCCAUUGACACCUCCUCUGACUCUUAACUUCUCUCCUUUCCUUCUCAUUUUCUUUUUGCCUGUCUGUCUUACUUUUUCCUUGUACAAAAUAACCAUUAUCGAGUCUGUGCUUCUCUUUACUCAAACUCGAACUAAAAUGAAGGAAAGGUGUGUAAAAAGGUCAGUUGUGACUGUGGGCUUCUGGGCCAAGUCCCAGUUUGAGAUGGUUUUGAGAGCAAGUAUAAAAUACAAUGUUCACCUACUGGUUUUUUUCCAUAUAUAUGUAUGAUUAGGUAUCUAAUGUCAGAAAUUAUCUCUGAUUUAUUUAUUUAUUUUCUUCAGUGUGCUACACUUGGAUCUCCUAGUGGUUAAUAUAGCUAAAUAAGGAAACUAAUGUGUCUGGUUGUGACUGUUUACUAAGGUACUUGUACAGACUUCAACAUAAGUUAAGGACAACUUGCAAAUUUGGCAAAAAUUCUCCGAGGAUUCCAGUGCUGCAAGUUGUAGUUUGCCACAUUAGGAAGCUUUGCAGUAUGCAUUGUUAACCCAUUUACACUUUCAGAGCAAAACAUUUUGAAACAUUUUCCUUAUUGAAAGUUAUUGGCUUUUUUUUUUAAGAUUAAAAAAAAACAAAACAGGGCUUUCUGUCUUGGUGGUUCUUGACUCAUGUUGAAGUCUGUAGAAUAAGCGAGGUGGAAUCAACCUAAUGGUCAGUAGGAAGAGACAGAGCUUUACAGUGUGUAGAAUAUAAGAAAGGGGCGCCGAUGUUCUGGAUAGACAAACAAUUUUGGAUUUCUGAAUUGUCUGUAUUUUUAUAUGUUUAAUUUAAUUCUUUGUGCAUGUUAUAUAUUGCACUUUAUGUAAAAAUAGCUUGAUACAAGAUAUAGAAGAAACAACAUGAUUUGUAAAUUUUGAGUCCCUGGAACGUACAGUACGGGAUCUUUUUCGUAGCUAAUUUGCACCUCUGAUGAGAAGUGGCACCUGUUUAGACCCACUCUGGGGCAUAGUAAAAAAAAUAUACUGGUGUAGGAAUUUAUACAACAUAUGAGGGAGUGGCUCCAUAUUUUGGUCAUAAUUUCUGUAGACAGAAGUAGCGCUUGCAUUUAGAUAAGUGGAGAGUUGUUUGAGGUUUUAACGCAUAGAGAUGUGUGUUUUUGUGUGGUUGUCUGUGGCAUCAAAAAGUGUAAGAGAACUGAAUAUUGUGGAAGAACGGACAUAAUAUACAACUAAUGUUCUCGAUUUGUGAUUCAUGAAAGCUUCCUUGAUGGAUUUAGUUAGUUAUAUAUAGCUGUGAUGAUAGUGUAGUGUGCAAAGUGUACUGUGUGAAAACGAUAAGUCUAAUCAUAUCUAAAUGUGAUUAAAUUUUUUUUUUUUAAUGUGCAGAGUGCUUGAUAAGAUAGAUUGGACUAAGAGAUGCCAUUGAUCAGUUUGUGCCGGCAGGUCUCAGUGUUUGAAUGUGAUGUGGUCUCACAGCUGCAAUUACGGGAUUGUACAUUUUGCUUGUCUUUGUCUGCCCUUUGGUGUGUUGACAUGUGUUAGGCUCCCUGUGAAUGGGGAUAGUUGUUUGUGUAAAGUGUAAGUGUUUGUUAAAGCUUUUGGAAAACUUUCAUCACAACAGUGUGUUCCCACAGUAUGUCAUUGUGUGUUUGUGUGUGUGCGUGUGUCAAUGGGACUACAAAUGUGGUACGUUGGCUGUCUGGGACUUGGGAGCAGGAAGAGAGAAUGGUAAGAAAGGAAGGCGAACAGCGUGAAUGUGUUUAGCUCUGGAUGCAUCUUUUCUUCUAUGACAAGACAUGGUUCACUUGUGAUGUCGUGUAAGUUUCAAAAUAUUAUUUACAACACAUUGUAUCUAGGAAGUAAUUUAAUUAAAUAUACUGGAUUCUGUUUUGUGUUUCAUACAUUAUUUACUAUGUUCUGUCCGCCAUGAUACUACGUUACUAGAUUGUACAAAUUUGACAAAUGUGGAACUCUCAUAAUUGUGAGAGGAGGAAGGUCUCAUAUCAGUUCCAUUUUGCUCAGCCAAAAGUCACGAGUUUGACGAGGCCAGGAUGAUUCUUUCCCCCCUUGCCCCCCACCGUGUUUGCGGAACUGUGCAAGUUCUCUCUGAGUGAGACUGCUGUACACCAGGGUUUUGUUUUUUUCGCAAGCCCUUCCUUUUUCGCGUUUUGCCCAUUUCGUUUUUGGUGAACGUCUUGAAUUUGCAAUCCUAGUCACCCAGUGUCAUUUGUCCCACUGCAAUAGUGCCUCGUUUUAACAUUUCACGAACGACUCGAUUUCACGAAUUUCUUCUUUUAAAUCUUGAAAACGAAUUGGAAGUCGUGCGCCAAAACGUCACGGUAGUGGUAGACAGUAGCUAGACACCUUCUUAAACGAUGGGACUUCACAGAGUUGAGGGAAGUUUGGGAGGAUCCUUUGGACACAAGGGUGGAAGUUCCUGCCUCUCAUGGUUGUAUCUUGAUCUUUAUGGAAUUUUUACCCCACUUAAAAAAGAAAAUUUUUUUUUCCAAAAAUUUAAUUUGGUCUGCUUUCUCCUUCAACAACUUUUGUACUUGUAGGAGGGAUUCAGAGGGUGGGCAGAGACUGAGAGUCCUUCCCAUAUCCCUGAAGAAGUUUGGUCUUUCUAGGUAAUUGGGGUUGUUUAUUUUUUCUCCUUUGGGGAAAAUUAAGUGGUGUUUAUUCCCGUGUCCUCAUUUCUAUGUACCGUGUUCAUAGAUCUAGUCUUUUAUAACAAGCGUAUCGAGUCUUUUAAUUUAAAUUUUUGGUCUAGUUACUAGGUAGUGUUUAUAGAGAAGAAGCAUUUCUUUUUUCUUUUAUUUCGUUUCGUGUAUUCAGCUCCUGUACAGGUGUUUUAUUUUGUAGACAGAUUGGUGUUUGAUUUUGCUGCUGUUGACUUGUAUGGAGCAGCUUGGUUGAACAUUUACAGAUGAAGUCUUUGGUCUGGUGGGAUGUGUGUGGAUCGUAAUCCUGUAAAACGACCUUGUGUAUGGGAGGUAUACUUGACUCCAAACAAAAUGAGCCCAUUUUUGUCGUUGCACGUAUGACUCGCAACCGUGUUUGAAAGAAUUUUUUCUAUCGAACUAUCCACCCGUUCGUUUGAAAAGCAUUGACAUUGUUUAACUGAAAAAUCUUUGUUGGGUCUGAUUCUGACUUUAAAUUGCGCAUGUAACUAACUACAGGGGACGAGGUAUACCAUUGAACCAGUUUUUUAUCUUUAUUUUAUUAGUAAAAGCUAGUAUGAACAGCAGUACAUGUAUGUCUGUUCUAUCUUCUUGUGUGGUCAUGAAAGGGGCGACACCUGAUGGUGGUUAUGUUUUGGUUGGGUUUUUUAAAAUCUCUUUGAGUUCUGUGGCAUCAGAAAGAUGAGGAGCAGUUGUACCUUCUGCUUCUGAGGACAUUCUGUUCUGCUUUAAUUUUAAUUUUCGACAUUAUUGUGGUGUGGCUGUAAGCACUGCACGCUGUGAAUUAUUGAAGUUGAGGGACUGGCGAAAGGCUUUUCAUGGGAACAAAAGCUGAAUUGUCAUAGAAGUAGACCAUGUUAUGGAUAAUUCUGGUCUAAAAGCCUCUAUAAUUAUAUAGGUGCUCUACUCGCUGUGCUGAUUUUUUUUCCUGUUGCAAUAGAUAAGGUAUAGAGCUUCGGACUUCUAUUGACUACUGACUACACACAUACACACACAAACACACACUCACACACAUUAUUUGCGAUAUGUUGUGGAAUACUCAACCAUCAACCUCUGGCAAUUACAACAUUUCUCAACAUGUUCGAAAGCGAACAUCAAGUCUACGAAGAGUUUCCAGAGACAUUAUGUGUGUGAGUUUCUUUUUAGGUCUUAAACUUUCAUGACAGGUGGGGCUGACUAUAAGGUACAGAGUUACCCCUCAGUCUUGUGCGGACGACGAUAAGAAUUAAACGAAUUUUUUUAAAAAUCAG